AUGCACAAAUCUGUGACGCGAAUCAUCGAGGCUAGCACAAUAGACAGCAGACAGCAAAUACCCUGCAUUGCUGGGGUAGUUCUACAGUCGGAUCAGACGAGGUUCGCGAGAGUUUUAUUCCGAGCCACAUUUGGCAACACAUUCACAGAUUUCGUCCAAAUUCCGGAAGCACUUCGGGAUGCGAAAACUGGCGAAAAUGAAUAUUACAGCGUUUUCAUGGUCUACUUCCAGGGUUACUCUCCAACCACUGGAAGUAUGGCUCAAAAAAUACGUAGGAUAUGCACAGCCUUCGGUGCUCAUAUGUACCCCUGGCCACACAGCGAGUCGGAGGCCUCUGCCCGAAUGGGGGAUUUGGAUGAGCUUCUAGUUGACAAACUGCAAGCGUUGGAUGCCUAUAGGAGGUUCAUAGAGGAGGAAAUCGAACAUUUGGUAGAACCAGUUGGGAUCGGUGGAAAUUCUCUCAUUGAGGAUUGGGCUCUGUUUCUGGCCAAAGAAAAGGGCAUAUAUACUUUGUUGAACAUGUUCGAGGGCGACGUAACACUGAGAUGCGACUGUUGGUACCCAGCAGAAGAGGAGGAUGAUAUUCGCCAUACACUGGUUCGAAUGAGCUCUACUAAUAUGGUGGGAGCGAUGCUAUUGACUGAUCACGACCAGCUGUAUGCCGCUACGACGGGCCAGGAGGAGCAAGUCGCUCAUCGCGGUAGGAGUCCGCCGACCUACAUGAAGACCAAUGAGGUCACUCAAAUAGCGCAGGAUCUAGUGGAUACGUACGGCAUUCCGCGGUAUAAAGAGGCUAAUCCGGCGCUGUUCACCGUCGUUACCUUUCCCUUCCUAUUUGGUGUCAUGUUCGGGGACGUUGGCCAUGGUGCUAUGCUCUUCCUACUAGGGACUUGGGCUAUAAUUCAAGGACCGCAGUUGGACCGUUCCUUAGCUGUGUUACGCAAGAUGCGUUUCAUGGUCACGGCUAUGGGCUUUUUCGCCAUAUUCGCAGGUCUCAUGUAUAACGAUUUCUUUGCGGUGGGGCUCAACCUCUUCGGUAGUCGCUGGGAUUGUUCUGGUAUCACCUGCCGUCCAUUAUAUGAUACCACCAAUACCGGAAAUCAACAGGGUUCCUAUCCAUACACUGGGCCGUAUCCCUUUGGGUUGGACCCUGUGUGGCAUGGUGCUACCAAUGAGCUCGUGUAUGUGAAUUCGAUGAAGAUGAAGAUCUCAGUGCUUUUCGGCGUUGUCCAAAUGCUACUGGGCAUUUUUCUCAAGUUCUCUAAUGCGGUAUACGACCGUAGUGCUGUGGACUUCUUUUUCGAGUGCAUACCGCAGUUGGUAUUCCUCGUCAGCAUUUUCGGCUAUAUGGACUGGAUGAUUUUGUAUAAGUGGACCCGUGAUAUCUCUUUCAACCCAGCACCGGGCCUCAUCAACACCCUCAUAGCGAUGUCACUGGGUCAGGGUGUUAAGCCAGGCCAAGUUCUCUAUCCUGACCAAGGUUGGGUCCAGUCGUUGCUCAUAUUCCUAGCGGUAAUCAGCGUCCCUCUAAUGCUGGUGCCCAAACCAGUUAUACUAUGGUGGAAGCAUAGACAAUCUGACGAACAGUUCAUGCAACGGCAGCGAGCCCAUGCAGUGCGACGUCGUGACGAGGCUGGGCUUGGGCUUAUGGACCAUCAAACAGAUGCUGUGGAAAUGACUGUGGGAGGCUCAUCAUCAUCGACGAUAAUGAAGGCAGAGGCUGGCGAGGAUGAGGAGUUCGACUUGGGAGAUGUAGUUAUACAUCAGGUCAUCGAAACCAUCGAGUUUGUCCUUGGUACGGUAUCCCACACAGCUUCCUAUCUCCGUCUCUGGGCAUUGUCCCUCGCCCAUCAACAGCUCAGUUUGGUCUUCCUAGAGAUGACCGUCUUCCAUGCUAUGGCCAAUGGACCGUAUAUAAUCAAUGCCAUCGGAAUUUACAUAUCGUUCGCGAUAUUCUUCGGUAUAACACUAGCGGUCCUGAUGGGCAUGGACGUCCUCGAGUGUUUCCUCCACGUUUUGAGGUUGCAUUGGGUGGAGUUCCAGUCGAAAUUCUUCCGUGGUGAUGGUCAUAAGUUCGAGCCCUAUACCCACGAGAAUGUCCUUGAGCAAGCGACCCAGCAUACUUGACAGUCGCCGACGCCAUUUUAUGCAUAAUUGAUAGAGAUAAAUUUGAUAAGGAUCCUUGUGUUGUCUGUGAUGACGAAGAAUACCCUCUCCUUGCGAUUGGCUAUGAUGAUUGGUUGGUAUUAUGAAUUGCUUUUACCGGGGAUCGAUCUCGCGUACUACUAAUGAUUAGAUUAGUUGCUGCUGCUACUACACUUACAUAC